AUGGAGCAGGAACAGGUUCAAGGUUUGAAUGUGGUAGUAGGUGAAUGCUCCAUGGGAAAUAUGGAUGCUAUUUUUCAGAGGAAGGAUGUGAAUAAUGAAGUGAGUGGGAAUAUAGAAAUUGAUUCUGGUGGAGGGGGCAGAAAUGAUGAUUUGUUGAUGAGUUUGAAUGAGGAUGCAGGAGGUACUAAAGAGAAUGCUGAGAAUGGGGAAGGAGAAUACAACGGAAAGGGAGGUUUCUAA